CAAAGUAUAGCUACCAUGACAGGUUAUCCAGAAAAAGAGCCAUUAUUGGGGUCUGAGCGUACGCGCAGGUUUGCUGCCGAUAACGAGGUGUCGACUAUAACUUGCACUCCUCUGUUCUCGACCCUUUUAGCCAAUCCUUUUCAAUGUCUACCCCAAUUGACAAAACAGAAAAGUAAUGAGGAUGAAGUUCUGGAUGAUAGCGAGAUAAGCUAUGUUGAUGAUGAUGAACAGCUACCAGACCUUCCUUAUGUGACUAGUCCUACGGUCCUCCCUGAAUCGGUCAUGGAUACAAAGACUAAGUUAUUAGAAUUGAGGAGAUUGAUGAAACAUCAUGGAAUUGGUGUUUAUAUAAUCCCUUCGGAAGAUGAACAUCAAUCAGAGUAUACUGCUUUGGCUGACAAGAGACGGGAAUUUAUAUCAGGUUUUACUGGAAGUGCUGGUUUGUGUGUGGUUACCCUUGAUGAUGCGGAUGAAUUAACUGGUGAAGCAGCCUUAUCAACAGACGGAAGAUACUUCUUACAGGCUCAGAAACAACUUGAUUUUCGAUUCUGGAGACUUUUGAAGCAGGGGGUUGCUGGCUUUCCUUCGUGGAAUGUAUUCGCUAUUGAAAAGGCAAUUUCAAAUAAGUUUAGUAAAGUUAUCUCGUGUGACCCUAGAUUGAUUAGUGUUUCAGUAGGUGAAUAUUUCGAAAGAGUGAGAAGAAUACAAUAUCAGUCAAAGUUUGAUUUCAAACCAUUGCUUGACCUAAACUUGGUCGAUGAGGUUUGGGGAUUGGAAAGACCCACUAGAUCUUUAAGUAAAGUCUACCCCUUGCCUAUAAAAUACUCGGGUGAACAUACCAAUGAUAAAAUCAGCAGAAUCCGUGAUGUUUUGAAAUCAGAUAAGAUCAAAAGUACUCACUUGGUUAUUACCGCUUUAGAUGAUAUAGCUUGGCUUUUCAACUUGCGAAAUGAUGAGGAUAUUCCUUUUUCACCGGUCUUCUUCAGCUAUGCAAUUGUUACAUUGACCAAUGUUACAUUGUAUAUUCAUCCUGCAAAAAUUGACCACACAUCUUCUGAGCUAACUGAACAUUUGAAUUCAAUCGUGGGUUUAUCCAUUAGAAAUUAUGACCUCUUCUAUAAUGAUAUCCAAAACCUUAAGGGAACUAUCGGUGAAUGUGUAAAAAUUGUUCUCCCAAGUAGAGCUAACGCUUCUUUUGCCUUGGUUUCUUCUAUCCCUCAAUCUGUUAGUAAACAAACUAUUGUAUACAAUUCAGUGGUUGCUAAUUUAAAAAUCUUUAAAAAUAAAACGGAACUCUUCAACUCGAAAAUUGCCCAAUUUAAAGACUCAUUGGCAUUCAUUUUAUUUGCUUCUUGGUUAGACCAUCAAUUAAUUAGAAAACGUUCCAAAAUCGACGAGUAUGAAGCUGCUAAGAAAAUUUAUUCUAUCAGGGCCAAAUUACCUAAUUUCAAAGGGUUAUCGUAUGAAACUAUCAGUUCCACAGGUCCAAAUGCAGCUAUAAUUCACUAUGCUCCAACUAAAGAUGAAAAGGCGGUCAUCGACCCAGAGGCGGUCUAUUUGAUUGAUUCAGGCGCUCACUAUUUUGAAGGUACUACUGAUAUAACUAGAACAUAUAAGUUUGGAUAUGAAGGUAUAACCGAAGAGUUGCGUAAGUUUUAUACAUUAGUAUUGAAGGGUCAUUUGGCAGUGGCAAUGGCGAAAUUCCCACCUAAAUCUGCAUCUACUGGUACAAUACUCGAUGCAUAUUCUAGACAACCACUAUGGAAUGAGGGUGCUGAUUUCAAUCAUGGUACCGGCCAUGGAGUAGGAAGUUUCGGAAAUGUGCAUGAAGGUCCUCUUUAUAUACUGACUACUGCUGGUGGGGCUGCUGAUACGGAUCUAUUCAAAACGGGAGCUAUACUCACAGAUGAACCAGGAUACUACGCGGAUGGAAGAUUUGGAAUCAGGAUAGAGAGUGAACUUGAAAUUGUCGAAUGUGAUGAUAGAAUUGGGAAGACUAGAAAUGGAGAAAAUUUCUUAGGUUUUGCCUAUUUAACCAAAGUUCCCUUUUGUAAAAAGUUAAUUGAUACAAAAUACUUAACGCAGAUAGAAGUGACUUGGGUCAAUGAGUACCACAAGAGUAUAAGAAAUGACUUUGGAGAAAAGUUAUUAGAAAUGGGUGAUCGAAGAGCAUACGCUUGGUUAUUUAGAGAAACUUCUCCUAUUAUAGAUUGAUUUGAUAUUAC